AUGGAAAUGGAGAAGGAUGUGAUACAGCUUCCUGGUGAACCCAAUAGUGCACAUGUAUCCCGUAUUGUUGUGGUGAUGCGGCAUGGCGAACGUCGUGAUGGGGCACCGGAUGCUCCUCCGGAAGUGGAUCCACCAUUAACGAACAACGGCAUUGCGCAGAUUGCAAAAGCCGCUGAAGUACUUCGUAAUGUACUUGGUGUGAAACGAGCUAGAAAAAUGUUGUUGCUCGUUUCUCCUUUUUUGCGAACUAUACAAACUGCUCAGGAAUUGCAACGUUGUGGUAUUGGAAUUGCAAGUCCACUAAUUAUUGAUAACACGAUUUGUGAAGUUUAUGGUCCAACACGAAUAAAGAGUGGAAGACCACCUAUAUUUUCUGAACGAGUAAUGAAAGGUGCCAGUGGUGAGUUACCUCUUUGGGGUGAAUCUAUUGAAAUGGCAUCACGUCGUUUUGUAAAUAGUUUACAUAACAACAGUUUUCUCUAUCCAGAUAGACAUCUUUUAUUCGUAACACAUGGUGAUGCUAUUGGUGCUAUUUUAAGUGCUUUUUAUCCAAUGCGUACCGUAUAUGAGGUGGAGUAUCUUUCAUUUAUUGCUUUACGAAAGUGUAACUCAAAUGCUUCUGCUGUGGAUACAGAUUUCUAUGAACUUGUUGGAUCUAACGGGGUAUAUUGGCUCUUGGAUGGACCUGAAAAUUCCAUAAAAGAAUCAUCUGUGUUGGAAGUGGAUAGUGUUUCAGGCUCUGGUGAUAGCAAAAGCAGUAAUAUUGAUGGUACCCCACAAGAAAAUGGUGUAAGUUUAUCUGGUUAUUCUCGUUCAGAUUUUGGUCAUAAUACCGUUAGUGAAGAUAAUUUGACCCCUGUAACGACGCAAUCUAUGGAAAUUGAUAAUGAUAUUGAUUGCAUGGAUAUAUUUUUUUUCUUACUGGCAAUGAUAUCACAGUUUCUUGUCUUUUUUACAUGGUCUAAUAAAGUGGAUGCAACGAUAUAUGUCACCAUAGUGAUUGUGGUGGAGUUAUUUGACUGUGUUCGAAAAGUACUGGUGUCUCAGUUCCCUCACUUACCUCUCCUAUCUAUUUCACUGGACCCUUUUUUUAGAGUUUCUGAGUAUCGAAGAGUAUUGCUUGAGAACACCAGUCAAUACCCAUAUUUGGUGGAUAUCCUGCCAAAACUUGGCGCAAUCGCUCUUAAAGUUUUUUUUAUAUUCUUUUUCAGUGUUAUGUUCGCUCUUGUGAAUACUUUACAAGUACAACGUUUCAGUAUGUUGCAUUCCUACAUAACUUUCUUCACAACAGUCCCAAACGCUCUGAUUUACCUUUCCUACUGGAUCUUCAAUGUACUUCGUGCUCUCCGCGAAGAUGUGCAUUCGUGA